AUGACGAUCGAUCCAGAGCUCCAAUCGGCACAUGCGGCCCUAGUGCAACAGUUCGAUGCCGUGAAUGGUGCUCAAUCGAAUGAUAAUAAUGUGCUUGCAUCGAUUGGAUCACAACUUGCUAUGCUCAAAGUCAUGCUGACUGAACGCGAUAUUCUGUACCCACAACAGUCGGACGUGCAACAACACAAAGACGCCCUUGUGUUGACGCGCGAAGUACUAGAAAUUGGUGCACUUUGGAGCAUUCGUGUUCAAGACACCUCGAGUUUUGAUCGCUACUGGAGCCAGCUCAAGCCUUUCUACUUUGACCUCGUGCAUGCCUUGCCCCUCUCGAAAAACUACGAGCCCAUUGUGGGCCUCUCGCUUUUGCGCAGCCUAUCGUCUAACUCGAUUGCAUCUUUCCAUAUCGCACUAGAGUCUCUACCCAUGGAGCUUGUUCGUGACUCACCUUAUAUCCAACACCCUGUUCUACUCGAGCGAUGGCUCAUGGAAGGCUCCUAUUCCAACGUUUGGCGUGAGCGAGAGAAUGUACCACUCGAGGAGUACCGCUUUUUUGUGAAUAUCCUCAUGGUGACGAUUCGGCAUGAGAUCGCGUCAUGUGAAGAAAAAGCUUACGAUACGCUACCGCUCAAUGAUGUGGCCACACUCUUGUUCCUCGACAGCCUGCCUGAAGUUUUGGAAUUCGCUAAGGAGCGAGGUUGGCAUGUGAAUCCGACAAACCAAACGAUUGAAUUUGCCAACAAAGCCGUCGAGCCUACGUCUGACAAUGAGCGGAUUCCCACUCGGUCGACUAUCACGACCAACCUGCACUUUGCCAGGGAGCUCGAAAGCAUUGUAUAG